AUGGGUGAGAGUGUUAUAAGUCGGUGUCUAUUCAAGGCCCAACAGGCUCUUGAAGAGCUCGUUGCGCACCCGGAGCGACUGGAGCAGGACAGGGAGCGCUUCAACCGGAGCCCACUAGCCGAAGAGAGGACCCGCGAGGCGCGAAAACUUUUGUACAUGGGGGAUCGCAAUGCCUCGUAUCCACGCCAAAAAUUCUCAGACCAAACCGGUGACGAAGAGAAAACGCUUUUGGUGAAAGGUGGCACGCCCUUGGGUAUGCCCUCUAAAUCAUUUGCUCGAGAAAAGGCUAGAAAGAGAUGGGUUCGGCAACGCAUCUGGAACCACAAAUGGAAUGCGAUGGACGAUGGACUAUGGAAGCAUCAAGACCCCGACGAACCCGAGUCCGAACCCGAGCCGGAGACUGCAGGCAUGGACGACAUUUUAGACGGUGUAUAUCUCCCUCCCGUCGCACACCACCACUUUCACAGGAGCCAGCCCUUCCAGCGCAAAAACCCAGCAAUACAGGCGGCCGAAAGACUGACCGAGCCCCCCUGCAAGCGCGAGGAGUCGCGCCCGAUUCGACAAUUCAUCUACCAGCUGUCAAGGGAGAGGAAGCGAAUCGAGCGCGAGUUGAACGUCGGCAAAGACCCUACUUCUGUUCCGUGCGAUAUCAACACGAGGGCGUACGAGAGGGUCAAGAAGCUAUGGUUGGAUAGGGGCAUUUGGGAUAAAAGAUGGGGGGUUCUGCCUGGAAUGUCGUGGAGGCACGAACUGCCCCCAGAGAAUUUCAUGACAUAUGAGCGUACCCCUAAAGAGUCCGCGUUGUGGGAUGACGACCCCUUGAUCUUCCCCCAAAAGUCUAGCGCCAAGUCGGGGACCAAGACGCCCGCGCCGGACACGGCUCUGAAGCUAAAUCGCUUCGGUAUAUCUCCUCCUCACCUGGAAUACAGUGACGACGAAUGGUUUCCUGAUGGGGUUAUUGGCAUGGAUACUCCUGAGAUGAGGAAAACGGCGGUAGCCACAGCACCGGAACCAGCGCCCGAGCCCGAGCCCGAGCCCGAGCCCGAGCCCGGGCUGGGACUACAACCUAGACCGAGUCAUAGUGAUAGCGAGGCCCCGACGGUACCCGCCACCCAGCCCUUGGCAGGGGAUCUACCACCUCGGGGCUCCUCCAUAGAGCUUUGCGACUCAAGCACAGUGGAGAACCCAUCGACCACAGCGCGGAAGAGAGGAAGAAGCGCAGACAUGGAGAUCGUAGAAGCUCUGACGGGGGUGCAGCGAGUCUCUAAGAGGCGGCGACGUGACACUGAGAAGGCAAAGUAG